UCAGAUUCGGAUGAUGAUGAUGAUGAUAAUAUAUCAAAUUCGAUAAUUAAUAAUAAUAUUUUUAGAGGUGGUACAGAAUCAAAUAAUUUACAAGUUGAUAAUAAUCUUGAUAUAAUAAGAAUCAAAGAAUUAUUAAUGACUGAAUUAGAUUGUCAAAUAUGUUAUUCUUUAUUUAUUGAUCCAAUAACUACUCCUUGUGGUCAUAGUUUUUGUAAACCUUGUAUAACACGUUCACUUGAUCAUAAUUCAGCUUGUCCUAUUUGUAGACAACCACUUCAUAAUUAUAAUGCUUAUUUACAUCAUCCUAUAAACAAAACUAUUUAUUCUUUUAUAAGAGCUUUAUAUCCAUCAUUAUAUUCUGAAAGAAGAUAUUUAUUAGACAGUGAAUUAUUUAAUACAAUGCAAGAUACUCCAAUUUUUGUUACAAAUGCUUUGGUAUUUCCAAAAAUGCCUUGUUUCCUUCAUGUAUUUGAACCAAAAUAUAGGUUAAUGAUUCGAAGAUGUAUGCAAUCACGUCAAAGACAAUUUGGAAUGGUAUUAGCAUGUAGUAAUACUUAUCAAGAUUUUGGAACAAUGUUGGAAAUAAGGUCUGCAGAAUUUUUGGCUGAUGGACGUUCUCUUGUUGAAACAAUUGGUACUUAUAAAUUUAAAGUAAUUGAAAAAGGUUCAAAAGAUGGAUAUGAUGUUGGAAGAGUUGAACGAGUUGAUGAUAUUAGUCCUGAAGAAGAGGAAAGAAUUGAGAGAGAAGAAUUAAGACGUGCUGAAAUUUAUAAUACUAGUAAUCCAUUAAAUAAUCCAAUAAGGGAAUACACCACUUCAGAAUUAAUUGGCAUAUCACGUGAUUUCAUAGAGACUCUACGUAAUGGAAAUUCUCCUUGGCUUUUACAAAGACUUAAUUCAGUAUAUGGAGAUAUGCCAGAUGAUCCUUCAGAUUUUUCUUAUUGGGUCGCUUCAGUGAUUCCAAUAGCUGAAGGUGAAAAAUAUAAAUUAUUAGAAUUAAGAUCUGUUCGAGAACGAUUAAAAUUGAUUGUAGAAUGGAUAUCAAGUUUACGGGAUCAAUGGUGGUUUGCCCGUGGCUGUUCUAUUUCAUAAUAAAAAAUAUAUAUAUAUAUUUUAUUUAUUUUAUUCUAUUCUUCUCUCAGAUUUUCUUUUCAUUCUUUUUACCUUUUCAAGUGAAAUGAUAAGAUAAUUAAAAAAAAAAAAAAA